AUGCGUAGCCACUCUUUUCUGUCGUUCUUUACUAUUUCCUCUCUCUUGUCCGCCGGCAUCGCCCACGAUGUCCCCACCACCAGCUCCCGCCGGGUGGUGACGGUUAAGCUCGACCUCAAGUCUCCCAUCGAGCUCGAGCCACCUAUCAAGUACCGCCUCGCCGUCCUCCUCAUCAUCGGCGGUGCUUUCGUCUUCCUCAUCUUCAUCCAGCCUCGCAUCGAGCAGCUCCAACAGCCUCUCAAGCUCAUCAAGUAUCCUGAGCGCUUCGAGCAGCCAUUCAAGUUCCUCAAGCGUCCUAAGCUCCUCGAGCAGGACUUCAAGCUCGUCCAGUGUCGCGAGCACCUCGAGCAGCCUGUCGUCGUCUUCUUAUGGCGUUUCCUCAACGUCGAGCGCCUCGCCAUCGAGCAGUUCAAGCUCGUCGCAAGUCUCCAGCUCAUCAAGUAUCGCUCCAUCGACGAGCAGUCUCACGCUCCAACAUGCACAGAUUACUGGCUGAACAAGAUUACCCACCAAGGCGCCGCCCCGUAUGCAGCCAGCGGCUACAAGGUCUUCAGAAACGUCAUGGACUAUGGCGCGAAGGGAGACGGCAAGACGGACGACACGGCUGCUAUCAACUCGGCCAUUAGCUCUGCGGGCAGGUGUGGUCCUGAGAAUCACUCAUGCGGCUCAACCACUACGACACCCGCCCUGAUCUACUUUCCUCCUGGCACAUACAUCGUGUCUCAGCCAAUCAUCGACUAUUACUACACCAUGUUGGUUGGCAAUCCUGGUUGCAUGCCUGUUCUCAAGGCUAGCGCAAGCUUCAACUCUCGUUUCUUCCUCGAUGGUGAUCAGUAUCAAACCGAUGGCAAGCUCGGUUGGGGAGCCACGAACGUCUUCUGGCGUCAAGUCCGUAACUUUGUCAUUGAUCUUACCGCUGUCAGCCCCUCGGUUCUGGUCGCCGGUAUUCACUGGCCCACUGGCCAAGCGACCUCGCUCCAGAACAUUGUCUUCAAGAUGUCGACCGCAAGCGGCAACCAGCACCAGGGUCUUUUCAUUGAGGAGGGCUCUGGUGGCUGGGUGAGCGAUCUAGUAUUCUAUGGUGGUGCCCAGGGUCUCAGCGUUGGCAACCAACAAUUCACAAUGCGAAACCUGACCUUCCACAACUCCGUUACCGCUAUCCAGCAACUGUGGGAUUGGGGUUGGACUUAUCAAGGCAUCAGCAUCAACGAUUGCCAGGUUGGCCUUGAUAUCACCAAUGUCGACGGCGGAGAGCUCAAGGUUGCAUCCGUCGUCUUCAUUGACAGCGAGAUUAACAACACACCCAUCGGUGUGGUCUAUGGCAGCUCCACGACAUCGGCACCCGCUGCCGCGAACGGCCUGAUUCUCGAGAAUGUCGCCCUCAACAAUGUUCCUGUCGCCAUCCAAGGACCCAACAAAGCCACCGUAUUGGCUGGAUCGACGGGCAAGUCGACUAUCGCGGCCUGGGGUAAGGGCAACUCGUACACAGCAACAAGCGGGCCCAAGCCCGUCGGUGGGACCUUUACUGCCAACAGUCGUCCUAGUGGCCUUACUGCCGGCUCGGCCUACUACGAGCGAUCCAAACCCCAAUACGAGAAGAUCCCUGUCUCGCAGUUCGUUAGCAUCAAGUCUAGCGGUGCAGUAGGCAAUGGCGUGAAGGACGACGCUGCUGCGAUCAACAAGGCACUAGCAGAUGCUGCUGCUGCUGGCAAGAUUGUGUUCUUUGACUUCGGUGUGUACAGGGUCGAGAGCACGAUCACCAUUCCUGCCGGCUCGAAGAUCGUUGGAGAGUCGUACCCGGUCAUUCUUUCUGCGGGCACGUAUUUCUCCGAUAUAAGCAACCCCAAGCCAGUCGUCCAGGUUGGCACUGCAGGAUCUGUCGGUGUGGUUGAGUGGUCGGAUAUGAUUGUCAGCACACAGGGAGCCCAGGCUGGUGCAAUUCUGAUUGAAUGGAACCUGUCAUCACCAGGCACUCCUUCGGGCAUGUGGGACGUUCACACUCGUAUCGGUGGUUUCAAGGGCUCAAACCUCCAGGUCGCUGAUUGCCAAUGGACGAACGCCACAGUCACCGCUACCAGCCUGAAGAAGCAGUGCAUUGCGGCUUUCAUGAGCAUGCAUAUCACCAAGUCCGCCAGUGGUCUGUACAUGGAGAACGUGUGGUUGUGGGUUGCUGACCAUGACAUCGAGGAUCCGGCCCUGACCCGGGUCACCAUCUAUGCCGGACGUGGUCUUCUUGUUGAGAGCACUCUCGGCAACAUCUGGAUGUAUGGUACUGCCGUUGAGCAUCAUGUCCUGUACGAGUACCAAUUCUCGAGCACAAAGAACAUUGUCACGGGUCAGAUCCAGACCGAGACAGCAUACUACCAGCCUAACCCCGACGCGACCAUCCCCUUCCCGGCCCUGACAGCAUACAGCGAUCCUGUCUUCUCCUCUGGUCAAAGCGGUUGGGGUCUGCGUGUCAAGGAUAGCAGCAACAUCUUUGUAUAUGGUGCAGGAUUGUACAGUUUCUUCAACAAUUACAGCACCAAGUGCUCUGAUGGCCCGACUGAGUACUGCCAAUCUCGCAUUUUCAGCGUGGAGAACAGCGCCGUCUCAGUGUACAACCUGAACACGGUGGGCACGACGAAGAUGAUCACAGUGAAUGGAGUAGAUGUAGCGGAUUACUCGAACAAUGUUGCCGGAUUCUCCGACAGCAUUGCACUAUUCAGGAACUGA